AUCGGUUUCAGUCCGGAAUAAAAACAGUUGCGCACCGGCGAGUGUCUGCGCCAGCACGUGAUUCAUUCGCUGGACCCGUCCACAAAGUUACCAGUCCAGACCUUCAGGAAACACAGGACGCCAUCUAUAUAAUAUUCAAAGUAGGUUAAAAAAGAAGAUCAGUUGGAGAGAUCAGAUUGAUCAGAGGACUGGAGACUGAUCUUUCAGGAUGGUGGUCUUCACAUGUGAUGCCUGUGGAGAGUCUUUGAAGAAAGCUCAGGUGGAGAAGCACGUGCUGAAGUGUCACGCAUGUCAGGUUUUGUCCUGCAUCGACUGUGGAAAAGAUUUCUGGGGUGAUGAUUACAGAAACCACAACAAAUGCAUCAGUGAAGAUCAGAAAUACGGAGGGAAAGAUUUCCAGGCGAAGGCAAAUAAAGGCGACGUGAAACAGCUGCAGUGGAUUCAGAGGAUACACGAGGCCAUGGAUCGACCCGACAUCGAUCCAAAACUGCGUCAGGUUCUGGAUCAGGUCAGCUCGUAUGAGAAUGUGCCCAGGAAGAGAGCAAAGUUUCAGAAUUGGAUGAAGAACAGUCUGAAGAUCCACGGCUCUGCUUUAAUCGAUCAGGUCUGGGAGAUUUUUUCAUCAGCUGUUAGCAGUGACAAAACUCAAAAUAACCAUUCGCAGAAUAAACUUGAAUGUUCCACCGAGAACCAAACAAACAUAAACAAUGGACCAAACGAAAGCCAGGGAGAGCAGAAGGUGAGAUCAGAUGAGAAUUCAGACCAGAACGGACACAACACCUGCGAGAAACAGAUGAGAAAAAAGAGGAAAAGACAGACCGAAGAAAACAACGAGAAAACAGCAAAGAAGAAACACAAGAAAUCUAAACAAGAGGAGUUUGAUGAGAGUUUAAACCCAGAGGGGGAGGAGCCAGCAAACGAAGAAGAGCAGUUCGACUCAAAUGCUAAAGGAAAGUUUAAUUGGAAAGGAACGAUAAAGGCAGUUCUAAGAGAUGCUCCAGAGGACGGACUUGCUAUUAAAAAACUGAGGAAGAAGGUUUUAGCAGCGUAUUAUUCAUUCAGUGGAGACUCCAACUACAGGUCAGAGGAUGAAGUUUUCUCUCUGUUCAACAAGAAAAUCAACAAAAACCCAAAGUUUAAAGUCCUGAAAGACAAAGUUAGACUUGUGAAAUAAUGCUGGUAUUUUCUGCACAUCAUCUAUCAUUUUUUUAAAUAAAUUCUGAUUCAUUUAAAGUGA